AUGUCUCUAUACCGCAUCGGCGUUGACGUUGGCGGCACUAACACAGAUGCGGCAAUCUUAGACCUUAGAGCCUUGAAUGACCAUGGUCGUGGCGUGCUUGCUUCCCACAAGGCUUCGACCACAAGAGAUAUCACCAGCGGCGUCGAAUCCGCAAUCCGAGUUGUUCUCCAAGAUUCAAAAGUCGAGCAGAAUCGCGUAUUAAGCGUCACCAUUGGAACCACGCACUUCAUCAACGCCCUCGUCGAGGCCGAUGCGAGGAGCAUCCUAGAUGGAGGAGUGUACUAUCUUGACGGAGGUCUUGAAAUCGACGGCCGAGAAAUCGCGCCCUUGAACCCUGCGCAGGUUCGAACAGCCGCUCGAGACAUUCUCGCAUCCGGCAUAAAAGUCGUUGCAUUAAUUGGUGUCUUUUCCCCACUUGAUCAUGGAGGUUUACACGAGGAAGAAUGCAAGAAGAUCUUCUACACAGAAGCUCCGGAGUUGCAGGUGACCUGCUCUCAUGAUAUUGGACCCACUGGAUUUCUGGAGCGAGAAAAUGCAACGAUUCUUAAUACCGCUAUCCUUCGAACUAGUCGCCGGGUCAAGCGAGGUUUCAAGCGCGCCAUGGCGCGUCUUCAUCUCUCGUGUCCCCUCUAUCUAUCACAAAAUGAUGGCACUCUACUCGAUGCAGACUCUGCGGCGGACUUUCCCGUCAAGACAUUCGCAAGUGGACCAACAAACAGCAUGACAGGUGCUGCUUUCCUUGCCGGGCUGGAUUGUAAUACGCGUGCAGCUGCAGAUGACUCGAUCGAACCUCAAAUCAUCGUUGUCGACAUUGGAGGAACAACUACUGAUGUUUGCGCCCUGUCGCCAUCUGGCUUCCCCCGGCAAGCUCCUGGGUUCGUUGAAGUUGCUGGCGUUCGAACUGCCUUCUCUAUGCCGGAAGUGGUGUCCAUCGGCUUGGGUGGCGGCAGCAAAGUCUAUGUCGAUCGUCAAAGCGAGAUAGUUACAAUCGGCCCUGCUUCAGUUGGUCAUCACAUCAGGCAGGAGGCCAAAGUUUUUGGUGGCCAAACCCUAACGUCAAGUGACAUUGUCGUUGCCUUAGGGAAGGCGCGUCUAGGAGAUGCUGCUCUAGUCAAAGACGUCCUAAGCCCGGAUCUCCUGGAGAGUGCCCGCAAGCAGUUGAAAAGAAUGCUCGAGGGCAUCAUUGAGCAAAUGAAGGUCUCGGAUGCCCCUGUACAUGUCUUGCUCGUGGGAGGUGGCGCCUUGCUUGUCACCGAGAAUCUUGAUGGGGUAGACAAAUGCGUUCAGCCCAUCCACCAAGGUGCGGCUAAUGCGGUGGGCGCAGCCAUUGCUAAGAUCUCCGGCGAGGUUGAUGUGGUCGAGAUCCCUGGGGGCCGAUCGGAAAAGGAAAUUAUUGAAUCAGUCUGUGAAAAGGCUGUUGGCCUGGCUGUCCAGCGAGGCGCUUCACGGGAAGACGUGCAAAUUGUUGAAGUCAACAAGAUGCCUUUGCAAUAUAUGCCUAAUGGUGCCGUACGCAUCCAGAUCCGAGCAACUGGACCCCUUGCCACCCCCAAUGAUUUCACUCCGCUUCCUUCGCCGCCCCUAUCUUGCGAGGACGAGUUUGAGGUAGAAGAGGGCGAGAAAGUUGGUGUUCCCAGUGCCCUCGAUCCUACAUACAAGCCAGUCCUACACGUAGACCUUGAUGCAUACCGACCACAAGUCCAGCAAGGUAUCUGGUACGUAUCAGAAGUUGACCUAGAAUUGAUCGCAACUGGGUGCGGUGUACUCGGGACUGAAGGUGGUGGCCCGACCCAUCACGAGUAUCUCAAAAGCUUGCAUGCGCUACGAACUGGCGGUGACAAGAAGAUGAGAAUCAUUUCUCCAGAAUCGCUGAACGAUGACGAUAUUCUCUGCUUCGGUUCAUGGUAUGGUAGUUCGAGUGUGAUCAAUGAGCGUAUUGCUGGUGGAAACGAGAUCGCGGCUGGAAUUAACGCCGUCAACAAGGUCGUUGGUAACGAGUCGUUUGACGGCCUAUUCAUUGACGAGAUUGGAGGCGGAAAUGGUCUGAGUGCCUUUCCCACUGGCGUUCACUUCGAUGUACCCAUCGUGGAUGGCGAUGCUAUGGGAAGAGCGUUUCCCACCAUGUACCAUGGCAAGUCACGCACACAGGUCAUCUAUUUCAGACUAAUGAUGAUCUUCUCUAGCCACUUUCAGCGUUUCAACAUUUGUGCUGGAAAGCUUCUGUACUCUGGAAAGGUGAUUGACGUCCGUCGACACGUCGGUGGUGGCUAUACCAUGGGUUCCGUAACCAUUGCUCCCUUCAGCGACUCCGAACGUGAUUCGACGGCCGUCCCAACCCAGUCAUAUAUCUCCAAUGAUAGGUUUAUGAUCAUUCCCUUCCAAAAUGAGUACUUAUACGCCGCUCUGAGGGACUCCGAGGGAUCUGAAGAGUCACAGGAGAUUAUAUGUACUGUUCCCGAUCUCAUUUCGAUUUUGGGCCAGGAUGGCGAGGGAAUCGGGUCCCAGGACCUUCGAUACGGACUCCGUGUCAAUGUAAUCGCGCUGCCAGCGCAUCCGCUCUGGAAGACUGAACAGGGCAUUAAAGUUGGAGGCCCGGAGGGUUUUGGGCUGAAUGUCCCAGUUCUCAGCAUCGAUAACCAAUUUACAGAGGCACAGAGUGUCAUUAAGGACUUUGGGAAGUAG